CAGUGCCAAGUGUGUAUACACACAAGAAAAAAAUGUUUUGUUUGUGUGCUCACCACCUGAUUGUUUGACAGGCAACACCGGUCAAAAAAACACAUGUUGAACUUUCCAAAAGCUCGCUAGCCAUAAAAGCUUAAGCACGCAAGCUUUCUAAGGCAAUGGAGGUGUGCUAGCUAACAGCACCGUGUUGAAGGCGUGUUUGGACGCUGGAAGCAGUUGGUGACGCUGCUGCUACGCUUCAGCGACGUCCGCACGCCGCUGUCGCGCUCGUGAAGCCUGCGCACAUGUGCCGAGCAUGCGGCAGGGAAGCACAACACCCACACAACGCCAGCGAUACUUGGAAGUGUGCAAACUUACUUUGUUUUGGCGGCAGCGAUGCUCAACGCUGCGGCGCUGAAGCAACAGCGACUAGAACGUCGGACACUUAGAAACCGUUGAAAUGCUGUGCGGCGCAGCGAAUUCAAAUUAGUCGUGUGGCAAACGCGCACUGCUAAAGUUGCGGAAUUUUUUGGUGAAAAUGCCAACGAAGAUUUUUUCAAGUUCAUCAAACAGCUGUUGAGUCGCGGAGGAAAAUUAUUGUUUAACGUUAUAUAUGUGUGUGUGUAAAUAAGUAUGUGUUUGUGAUAGUGAUAUAAAUAACUGUAACAUCAUGUGUGCUGAUUACACUUCGAUGAAGUGUUUUGCCAGCAGAGAAAUACUACUUCAUGUGUAGUGAUAAGAAAAUCAAAAGACCACAACGAAGAAAGCAAAUACUAAAAUACAGUGUGAAAAGAUAAACUAAAUUAAAUACAUAGAUAUGUACAUAUAAGAAAGAAUAAUAAAUAAGAAUACAUGUCAUUGAGUGUGUCUAAAAGCAAACCGCCAUUGACAGUGUCAGUGGAAUUGGAAUUGACAUUGGCCACCGCAGCGCAAGAGCGCGCACAUGCAGCCGAAAGCGCGCGUAUCCGCAUAGCAAAAAAUUAAAAAAAAUAAAUAAAUUUCGACGGCUUUGUCGCUUUUAAUUUACUCUACGAACAAUAUAAACAAAACAAACUAUUUUAAUUCCAUUUUAAUUAGUUAAAUACACACACACGAAUAGCUCAAGCCACCACCGACAACAAAUGUCUCAUUGUGCUUAACUAUUUUAAUUGUGAUUAAGUGUUAAAUAAACAAUGCAGCAGCAGUGGUAGCGUGUAUAAGUGUGGAGACACAGUGUAGAAAUCAACGCAAUACUAUAAGAUAAACCGCCAACCACCCACCCACCUGUUAACCCACCAACUGUUUUUACAAGUGAAUCAACUCAGCUGCUCAUCAUUAGCUAUACAUUGCUCAGUAGCGCACACGCCAACACACACAUUAACAAACACACACACGAACAUGGGUCUUAAGGAUAAAAUACGCGUGUUGAAGAAUGGCGCCAGCCCCAUACACAGCCCCAGCCAUGUUGCGCCCAGCACACCCACAAAGAGUGUCGAUCUAUUGAAGCCGCAUUCCAGUCGCAAUCUCAUGGCACCGGGCCAGGUCACCGAGCAGACACUGCAGGUGUGGCGCGCUUUGCCGCCACAAAUACGACACGAUCCGAGCAUGGUGUCCUUUCAAAUGGAAAAUGAGCGCUUGCACGGUUCCACAGUGGUUACAGAUGAUGAGUCCGGCAAUCCACAUGACUUGGAGUCGAGCUAUGAAGACGAACACAGUUUUGCCGAUUCUGAAUAUAUAAAUAUGAGAAAACUGUCACAUGGCCAUACUACAGGCGAUGAACGAAGUACCGAUGGCGAAUGUACACUCUCGGACAUCGAAAAUACGACCAACGAAAAGUCCAAAGCGGUUGUGACCCGUGUAGUGGCUAAACAAAAGUCGAAAGAGCGACGCAAACGUGAACGAUUGAUAAAACGUAGUGGACUGCUGGUAUUUUGGGUAUUCGCUGCAGUGGUGCUAAUGAUAUUCGAAGAGAAACAUUUGUUGGAGAAGACGCUGGAGGUGCCGUGGAACAAAACGAAAAAUUUCGUGCUGCCCCAGAAUCCCACCGGCGAUUUCAAACUCAAAAUCUUUGGCACAUUCAACGAGACCAUGCGCAUGUUUCACCAUGACGAUGGGAAAUUUCUAUUCGUGCAGCCGCAGAUGUCGUAUUAUGAUCAAAUAAACAACAGAGCGGACUAUAAGAACAUCUUACAACCUUGGUUAAUACCAAUCGUUUCGGAGACACUCUUCGAGGUAGCGCCUGUCGUUUGGCGCAAUCAGACCUACGAAAUGCCGGACCACGUUUUGCGAAAGUUACAAAAAUCGGGCACUACAAUGCGCCUCAGCAUGUACACCAACGCUGAAAAGGACUUCGCCGUCGAAUUGAUCUACAAUCCAUUGAUUAUAAAUAAAAGAAUUGGCACACUACUCGCCGCGGGCAUAUUGCUGAUCUUCUAUGCGCUGCUCGUAUGGGAGGUUUUCCAACGUACUUUUGUGGCCAUUGUCUGUUCCAUACUUUCGGUCGCGGUGUUGGCUUGCUUCGACGAUCGUCCAAAUAUGGAUGAGAUCAUCGAAUGGAUGGACAUGGAAAUGUUGACAUUGCUAUUUUGUAUGAUGAUCAUUGUGGGUAUUCUUGCAGAGACCGGUGUCUUUGACUAUAUAGCGGUGUUGGCUUUCGAAAUAUCGGGUGGUAAAAUUUGGCCUAUGAUAUAUUUUCUUUGCUUCACAACCUGCUUCGUAUCGAGUUUUCUCGAUAAUGUCACGACAGUUAUUUUGAUGACACCAGUGGCUAUUAGAUUAUGUGAAGUGAUGAGUUUGGAUCCGGUGCCGGUGCUAUUGGGCAUUAUCGUACAGUCGAAUAUUGGUGGUUCGCUGACUCCCAUUGGCGAUCCGAUUUCGAUCAUUAUAUGUUCGAAUCACUUCUUUGCUAAAAAUGGCAUCACAUUCACCAAGUUCGUGGCACACACCCUACCCGGUGUCAUCUUGGUUACCAUACAGAGUUGCAUACACAUGCGUAUCGCCUUUCGCGAUCCACAAUCGCUGCGUCUCAACGAACCAAAAGAAUUCAAGGACCUACGACGCGAAAUCAAAGUUUGGCAACGUGCCGCCAAUUCACUCUCCUCGUACUCUAAGGACGCUGACCUCGUGCGCGCCACAUUGCACAAGAAAGUGAAAGUGCUAAAACGUACACUCCGCCGCAAACAACGUGGUCUCGACUCGAACGACGCCUACACACAUACACUGCAGGAGCUGAAACUCAAGUAUCCCAUCAAACAUAAAAUGUUGCUGCUGCAAGCUUGCGCCGCCUUGACAUUCGUGCUCGUCUGCUUCUUCGUGCAAUCGGUGCCUAAAUGGCGCACACUACCGCUGGGCUGGUUGGCACUGCUCGGUGUCAUUGCAUUGUUGAUUGUUUUGAAUCGUGACGAUAUGGAGCAUCUGUUGCAUCGCAUCGAAUGGACAACGCUGCUAUUUUUCGCCGCCAUGUUUGUCAUGAUGGAAUGUGUGGAGCGUUUGGGCCUCUUCGCCUGGAUUGGUGAACUAACGAAAAGGAUUAUUUUAUUUGUCGACGAGCGACAUCGUCUGGCAAUGGCCAUAAUCAUUAUAUUAUGGAUAUCGGCAUUGGCGUCGGCGGUGCUAGACAGCAUACCAGUGACCGCUAUGAUGGUGCGUGUGGUGGUCUCGUUGGUGAGUAGAGAGACUUUAGGGCUGCCGUUGGAGCCGCUCGUCUGGGCGCUAACAUUCGGCUCGAGUUUGGGCGGAAAUGGCACUUUGUAUGGCGCCUCCUCUAAUGUGGUCUCGGCCGGCAUUGCCGAACAGCAUGGCUACAAAAUAACAUUUACACGCUACUUGAAAGUUGUUUUCCCGCUGAUGCUUGGUCAAAUUGUUAUCAUCACCGCCUAUCUUAUAUGGGCGCACAUUAUCUUCGAAUGGCAUAACGAGUAGUCGCUGUAAGCAAGGUCAAAGUUCGCCAGCAUUCAAUUCAAGGCUAUCAGCUGUUAGAAGAUGUAGUUAUACACAUACACCUACCUACAUACAUAAAUAUAAAUAAAUAUAUAUUAUAUAUAGUUUUAAGCGUAAAUUGCAAUGUAUUUUUAUUGAGAAUGCUUUACAAGCGUUUACUACGUGCUCAUUAACUUUUAGUAAGCAGAUUUUUUCGCUUUUAGAAAUUUUAUCCAAAAUCUAAGCUGAAUUUACAUACAUACAUACAUACAUGCAUAUGUGUACUAUAUUACAAAUAUGUUUGUUCUAUAUAUGAAUUUAUAUGAUUUUAUUUACUAUAAUUAAGAAUUUAUAAUAUAAAUUUUCCGCCCACUACAAGUGGGUUAAACUAAAGCAAAUGUUAACAACUUUUUGAUUGUGAUU